AUGGCUGUGAGUCCCAUUGAGCGCCUCCAGAAACUCAGCAAAGAGCAGUCAAUUAUUAAUGUCAAGUGCCAAAACAACCGCGAAAUUACCGGCCGCCUUCAAGCCGUCGACAAACACUUCAAUCUUCUUUUAUCCGAAGCCAUUGAAAAGCGCACCCAGCCUCCAUGUUCCCAUCGCGGCAUCAAAAGAAAGCAAGAGCAAGUCUUUCAUCGUGAUUUGGGUAAUCUCUUUCUCCGCGGGGACACAGUCAUUUGGGUAGGUCUUUUGCCGCCCUCUUUCGACACCAACCAGCCAACUUCACCCAGUCCAACUACACCCCACCCCAGCCCAAUACCAACUCAACCAGUCAGUCAAUAA